AUGUAUUUUAGAAAGGAGAGAGUGAAACUCCAUGGCAAAACAAACUUUGAAUAUCGUUCUUUGGGUAGAAAAAGACCUGAUGAUGUGGAAAGAUUAGAGUUUCUGUCUACUGCAAGGGAACAAAAAUUUGACGAAGUAAUUGCAAAGCGAUUAGCAGCUACAAUCCAAAAUCCUCUAUCUCAAUCUUAAGAAUUUUAUAACAGUGCGCAUAAAACUAUAAAACAACAUCCACAAAUAAGCAGGCCUAGGUAAAACAUAUAAAAUAAGAAGAUUUGCGCAUCUGGAGGAGAAACCUAGACGGAAACCAGUUUGGGUUGGGGAUUCAUAUUUAGUAUACACAGAUGUUGAUGGAAGAGAAGAAUAAAGAUCUAGUCAAUAUAGAUCGUAUUCAAGUAAUAGUAUUUUGGUAUGUCAGCUACGCAGAAAGCUGAUCUUGCCUAGGCCAAAAGAGAUGAGCAUGGCUAAGCCAUACAAGAAACCUAAUUAGUGGGAAUGGAGGAAUAUGCUAAGAACACAUUGGAGGGCAAGGUCGAUUUAACAAAAGUGAAGGAAAUUAGAAGAGCAAUCAGGAGAAGAUAUGCAAAUCGUAAGAAUUUUUAGAAGAUAUUUACACUUUGGGAUGAGGAGGGGAAGGGCAAGGUUACAGUCAAGAACAUUUAUCAUAUGAUUAAGAAACUAGGCUUAAACAUGAAUUUAGACGAAGUUCGAGUUUUGGUAGCAAGUGCUGAUGAGGAUUAUAGUGGAGAUUUGAAUCUAGACGAAUUCAUGAAUUUGAUAUUCAAUGAUAAUGAGGCCUUGAAUGUUGAUUUGGGAAAACUGAAGACUCUGAAUGGAGAGUAGGAGUAAUUGCUAUUAGAAGGUGAGGAUGAUUAGAUACAGGAUGUGUUGAGGGAGAAAAUGCAAGUGCAGGUUGAAAAUAGAUAAUUCAAUUAAUUGAGUUUGAUAUUGAAGAAUAAGCUAUCUCAGUUGAAUAAUUCAUUUUAGGAGUUGGAUCCCUCCAAAUAGGGACAUGUCAAUUUCGAGAGAUUUAGUGAAGCUAUUUAGAAGUAAUUCAUUAUAUUGAGAGUAGAUUACAAAUAUCUGAAAAGAUUGUUAAUGAUGAUAUAAUCAAGAAGUUUUAUGAUAAAUUUAAGAAGGAUGAAUAUUAAAUUGAUUAUCGGAACUUCCUGAAACAUUUGAAGGAAUUCGAAUUACAAAGUCAAUAUGUGUAGAAGGAAGAAAAGAAACAGAAACCAGUUAUGACAAUCUCAUUGAAUCCUUUGUAAGAGGAAGAGAAGGUGCAUAUUUUCGAUUGCACCAAAAUCAAUUCUCAUCACUUAAAUAAUCUGAGAUAAAGAGCAACAAGAAUGGUUAAGGUAUUGUAACGAUAUCUGCCUGAAAAAAACUAAUUUGUUGAUAAGAUUCUGAAUCCCCUCAACUAGCAAUACAUAAAUGCACCUGAUCUCACAAAUCAAUUACAAUCUUAUCUAUCUAAUUGUGGAGAGAAGAUUGACACUAAAGAUCUCGGGGCUUUACUCUCCAUAAUUCAAUAUAAUAAUUUGUAAGUUCCCAAAGACAUGGUGGGUUUUUAUGUUUAUGAAGAAGGAGACGAUGACUUCUAUGAGAGAUGCUCUUAGAAGCGAAAAGGUCCAGCGCCUUUAAACAAGGCUGUAGAAUUGACUCUGCCUGCUCAAGAAACUCAAAAAUCUUCAUUCUAUGAUCCAGGAUUCGGAUUAUCAUCUUUAUCUAAUAAGUUUUCACCUGAAAUGGGUCAAAUGUUGUAAAAAGUAGAGUAAUGUAUCUUUAAAGCCAGUGCUCGGCAAUAUGAUGUCUAUAAUUCAUUUGAUAAGGAUAAGGAUGGUAAAACUUAAUUCAAUAAUAGGUUACAUAUCGCAUGAGGAUCUAAAAAAGAAACUCUAAGAGUUGCAUAUUUUAUCGAAUAAUGAGGAAUAAUUGCUCAUCCAUUAUCUGGAUCCAGAAAUGAAGGGUUCAGUCAAUUUUCAGGAGUUCUCAUCCAAACUGUAUCCUGGAAUGACCUUAUACGAUAGCAAGGGAUGUGUAGGAGUAGUGCCUUCUCUAUAUCCUGCCAAAGAAAGAAAUGAAAAUAUGAAGACUAAAUUGCCUCAAAUAACACGUUCCUUUGAAGAUACCUCAUCUAGUAUGUAAUUAUUGAAGGGGGCAACUCGUUUUGGAGCAACUCCAUAACAUAAAAAUACCUUUUUAAAUGUUCAAAGGCCUCCUUAGGAUUCUGCUCUUUUUUAAAAUGAAGAUGGAAGAUUUGAGAAGAAUGCUCGUUUAAGGUAUUUGAGGGAAGAUCAAGAGAAGGAGAAGAAUAUUUAUGAGAAUAAAUUGAAUAGAAUUCGAAAGCAUUAGAAUGAAAUUCAGGAGAGAAUCGAAUAGAACUAUUAAUAGUCAGUGAUAAAGGAUAAUGAAAAGUGUAAGGCCAAGGGACUAGCAGCUUGGAGUUAUGAAUAAAGAGCGCAUAUGCAAAACGAAUGGAAAUGA